AUGUUCCUAAGAAACACCCUAUUCAGAGCCCCAAUUGCUAGAACUCUAACCACUUUGACACCUGUGGCUACCAAGCUAGCUCCACCAGCUGCUGCCUCUUACUCUCAAGCCAUGAAAGCUAACAACUUUGUUUAUGUAUCUGGUCAAAUCCCUUACACGCCUGACAACAAACCAGUUGAAGGUUCAAUUUCCGCCAAGGCUCAUCAGGUCUUCAAGAAUAUUUCUAACAUUCUAAACGAAGGUAAUUCUUCCCUAGAUAAGAUUGUCAAGGUCAAUGUCUUCCUAGCUGAUAUUAACAAUUUCAAGGAAUUCAACGGUGUUUACGCCCAAUACUUUAACACUCAUAAGCCAGCCAGAUCAUGUGUUGCUGUUUCUGCUUUACCACUUGGUGUCGAUCUAGAGGUUGAGGUUAUUGCAGUUGAAAAGAACUAA